AGUUGCACCAGACGACGAAUCAUUUCUUAGUCUGGCGUCUUCUGAGCAAGUUGGAUACUUUGAGCUGGCAGAAGAAUUUCAAAAGAUAACGAAAAGAUAUAGUGAUUUCCAAGUGUCACCAAGAAGAGAUUCGUUGCCCUUUCAACCCCAAUUUACCAGGAUUUCUACUCAUUCAAACAAAAUAGUGAUCAAGUUUACUGACUUUUAAAAAAGGAGGAAACAAGGUGGUUUCAAGUGGUCAGCAAGAUGACUCGAGGUUCAAGGGCCACAAGAAUUGAAUGUGGAUGCUGCUAAAGUGCCGGUCUCGACAACACAGCUUCCAUUUUAUUAGCGGCUGGGGGACCUCGUGAGUUCAAGGUCUCAAGGCCAUCUUCCAAAUAAACAAGCCAAAAAAAAACAAACUGAACACGACGACAUCAUUCACGCUGACCAAACGGACAAGCAAAUCGAUUUUUAACCCCGAAUGCCGUUCUUCGCCCCAUGGCAGCCGAGUCCAUUUCGUAUAGUCUAAUCCAGCAAUAGUGGCCCUCUUUCUUCAAGAAAAGAAAAGGAUAUAAACUCCGCCAUGUUCCAGUCAUUGGUGUGGAUUGUUACCAUUUGUUCAGUAUGUCGGGCUCAAACCGAAAGCAGCCCGUCGGUUCUGGUAUUCACGGCCGACAUGAAUCAACAGGUUGUCUCUGAGACAACGCAGACCGGCACAGUGGUCUACACGUUGCGAGCCUCGCCCUCCGGCGGCGCAACCGAGCCCGUGAAAAGUGACGAAAGCGGCGGCUUGAGCAAUAACGUCACCAACAGCAGCAAUAGUCUACGGUUCUUUAUUCGUGGCACGGAAGCUUUCAUAGUCAACGAAGCGACUGGGGAUGUGACGCUAUCGCAACCUCUGAACCGCGAAACCACCGAUUCUAUCAAAUUGACGGUUGGCGUCUCCGAUGAAUCCGGUGCCUCGGUAGAAAUUCCUAUCACUGUCAUUGUUUCGGAUGAGAAUGAUAAUCCGCCUACUUUCUCCCAGGCGUCCUACGACGGAAGUUUGUCGGGAGCAGCGAUCCUUGAAGAAUUCAUAGUCAACGACGCCGAUCUUGUGGGCGAGAUAAUUGAAGUCACCUGCGCUGAUAACCCUGCCAUUUGCGACCACGUUGACAUAGUUUCCAAACUGUCGAGCGCGUCGCUAUUUCGUGGCAGCGUCGUCGCUCGAAAGCCAUUGGAUCCUAUCGAAUUGGGGACCCAGCUCACCUUUACGCUUAUUGCCAACGAUGGAGUGCACACAUCGCGAGCCGAAGUGAAAAUAUUGGUUCCUGAUGCAAGUCGUGAAGAAUCUCGGCCAGUCUAUACCGGACCGCUAACGGGAAUUGUGUCCGAAGGAGACGACAUCGGCACGCUAGUCUUGACGUUGGCGGCCGAAGUUGUGGGUGGCGGAAAUGUGACCUACCAAUUGGUGGAGAACACGGGGGAUCUCUUUGAGCUGGACUCGACCAGCGGCGAACUACGGACAGCUCGAGCUAUAGAUCGCGAGAGCGUGGCACUCAAUGGCUUCCUUCCGGUUACCAUUCGGGUCACUGCAAGGGACGGUCAGUCGGUCGAACAGGUUUUGAAUGUCAUUGUCUUGGACGUCAACGACGAACCGCCACGAUUCAAUCAGAAUGAAUACUUUGCUCUGAUUCACGAGAACCUUCCCUCGGGCACGCCCCUCAGCGGUCUCAAUAUUGUGGCAACCGACCGCGACUCGAAUCUCAACGCCAUGUUCGAGUUGGAGUUGAUUGAUUCAUCUGGUUUGUUCGUAGUCGAACCUACAUCCGGUGUGGGUUCAACUAACGUCGGCAUUCGACUAGCAAAAGGACCGCUUGACUACGAAAACCCAAACCAACACAAGUUUAUUCUUUUGAUUAUGGCCCGUGAAUCCCAGUCGAAGGAGCGCCUAUCAUCAACGUGCACCGUCAUUGUUACCGUACAGGAUGAGAAUGACAACCCUCCUGUGUUUGAACGAGAACUUUACGCUUUGUCGGUUAGUGAGGAAGCGUCCAAUGAAACGGAAAUUGGAACUGUUGCGGCCACUGACCGCGACUCGGGUCUCUAUGGCCAGAAAGGCUUCAAGUACGAACUGUUGUUUGGGGAUCAACGCACCAAUGAAACCUUGUUCAAUGUCGAUCCGUCCACGGGUCAAAUCCGAGUGUCAGACUGUCCAACUCCCGGCCGAGCACCUUGUUUGGACUACGAGGCUCGUUCAGCUUACUUCCUGAUCCUGCGAGUGACUGACGACGAAGGGCGAGGGAAUGGCGCUCUAGUGCCAUUGCGCAUUGAUUUGCGAGACGUCAACGACAAUCCGCCGCUGUUUGAAUUGCUCGUCUUUCACGCAUCGAUUGACGAAGGUGCUACCAAAUUCGAUCCGCCUUUCAAGGUGCGCGCUCGAGACGAAGACUCGAUAUCGGUGCUCACCUACAGCAUAAUUGACGGUGACCCGACGAAAAUGUUUUUCAUGGAUGCCAAAACGGGUGAAGUCCGAGUCAAUAAACCCAUAGAAGUGAAUUCGAGUCAAGUGACCACCGAAGAAUUCAACCUCAAUAUACUGGUGUCAGAUGGAACCAAGACAGAUACGGCCACGUUAAAAAUAUCCAUUCGUGAUGUCAAUAACCACAAACCUACAUUUCUGCAGGCAAUUUACAACGUAUCCAUCUCUGAAUUACUCAUCCCAGGGUCCAACGUGACGCAAGUGUUCGCCAAAGACGCGGAUUUCGGAGAAAAUGCCCGUCUCAACUAUAAAAUUGAACGCGCCUCAUAUAACAAAUUCCAGAUUGAUCCCGAAACGGGCGUGAUAAAAGUAACACAGCCGCUGAAUUUCGACAGGCAAAGCACUUACAGUCUCCAAGUGGUGGCUGUCGACAACGGAUGGCCAGCACUGACGGGUUCGGCCGCUGUCUUAGUCAACGUUGAAGAUAAAAACAAUCAUCCCCCGAAAUUUGUGCCGAUUUCACAACACGCUCAAGCCACAGAAACGGCCAAACUGAAUACGAUCAUUCACACCCUUUCGGCCGUCGACCGAGAUGCCCUGCCGGGUUCUCUCCGUUAUUCCCUUGUCGAGCCCAUCACUGCAGUUGACAGAGAUGGAAGAGAUGUUAAAACGAAUUCCAUGUUCAAGAGUUUCUUUGGGGUCAAUGAUCUUUCUGGCGACAUUUUCGUCAAGGAUAACUUGGACCGUGGAGUGGCAGCUGUUGUUACGAUGACUACGUUGGUAACGGACACUUCGGCUGACCCUCCUGUCCAACAGCAAAGCAAAGGACUGAUUACCAUCACGAUCCUUGACGUCAAUGAACAUCCGCCAACUUUUAGCAAGCCCCGGAAUUCUGAAGAACCUUUUAUCAAUCUGCUUGUGGCCGAAGAACAACCAAUUGGCAGCAUUGUUGGUAAAAUUUCGGCAACAGAUCCCGAUUCGCCUAUCGACCGAUACGAAUUUCUGCCGCCUCAUCCAUUUUUUUCCAUCGAUGGCCGAUCAGGAGUUGUGACUAACAAGCAACGGCUGGACUAUGAAGCUUCACCGGAAUACAAUUUGACGGUUGUGGCUCACGAUGCUGGAAUUCCUUCCCUGUCGUCCAUGGCUCAGGUUAAAGUGACGUUGAUAAACAUCAAUGAUCUGAGUCCUGCUUUCACUUCGAAAUCCUACGAGUCACGGAUUCCCGAACAUUCGGCGGCCGGUACGGCUGUCUUGACCGUUUCCGCUACAGAUGGCGAUGCCGGUAGCUUCGGCCUUAUAACCUAUUCGCUGACGGGCGAAAAUGCGAAAUACUUCACCAUUGAUGCCAGUGGUACCAUAACAGUAACCGAUCCAGGAGGAUUGGACCGUGAACGUUCUCCAUCAUUAACGCUGUUAGUGGCCGCAUCUGAUCUCGCUCCUCCUGGAGCUCGACGCACGACCAUCAUGCCAGUUGAAAUUCAACUUGAAGAUAUCAACGACAAUCAGCCAAAAUUCUUAGAUAAUACCUACCGGGCUACAGUGGCCGAAACAGUACCCUUACUCCCACCACCGCCUAUCGUCCAAAUCACAGCAAUUGAUCACGAUUCUGGAAUGAAUUCUGCCCUGCGCUAUACUAUCAUCGAGGGAAAUGAGGAUGGACUCUUCACUUUAGAUUCCACGACUGGGAUUUUAUAUCCGGCUCUGUCUCUAACCAACCGUUCUCGGGAGUACACGCUAUCGGUGGAAGUGCGGGAUUUAAACGGAACGGGGACGAAUUUCGACCGAGCUACCGUUAAAAUUAAUGUGCAAAGUGUCAACCAGAACAAACCCAGAUUUAUUGUGCCAUCACUUGCCAACGCGACAAUUCGUAUUCCUGAAAACUCCAAGGAUGAAGACCAUCUGGUGCUGGUUCUCAAGGCUGAAGACACCGAUGCAGGCGAUAACGGACGAGUUACGUAUCAUAUUCGAGUGGGUGAACAGCUUGUCAAAGAAACCCCCGAAUUCCAGCUUGACCCCAACAGUGGCGAAUUGCGGACGCGACUGAAGUUGGACCGUGAGGCUCAAUCCAGUUUUGAAUUGUUACUUGUCGCAAAAGAUCAAGGUGGCCUCACUACUUCGUAUGAAACAUUACGGCUUCUAACUGUGAUGGUGGAAGACGAAAACGACAAUCAACCAGAAUUUCCCGUUGAGCGGAGAUCCAAAGUGGCACCUUAUCAUUUCCGUAUUGAAGAAAAUGUUCGGCCGGACACGGCCGUCGGACAAGUGCAAGCAUUCGAUGCCGACACGGGCCCUAAUGCCAAGAUUUAUUAUCACAUUCUUGCCGGAAAUGAGGGCAAUUGGUUUUACAUUGAUCGAACGCACGGAUUCGUCUAUAAUCGCGUAGUGCUGGAUCGCGAAAUCCGUCACACUUACGAUUUGCUCGUCAAAGCUACUAAUGACCACCAGUAUCUAACUACUCAGAUGUCUGAUGCUGAGAGGGAGAAACGUCAAGCGAUGGAUCAUGACCCUAGUAUCGCCCAGGUCCAUAUAGACGUAGUGGAUAUUAACGACAAUCCACCUCAUUUCGAAAGGGAGACCUUUUACGCUGGAGUGGAUUACAGUUCAAACAGUGAUAAGCUGCUGUUGCAAAUUCAUGCCUCCGAUCCUGAUUUCGGCAUCAAUGGCUCGCUCUCCUACUUUAUCCGAUCGUCCAACUUGUUUCACAUGGGCUCACAGAUUUCGUCGGGUUCAGUAGUGCCUUCACCAUUUCACGUAACGACCGACGGACGCCUAUUCACCGAAUCGCUCAUGGCCGAGUACAAUCAGGAUCGUUUUGUGCUUGAAGUAGUGGCGAGAGAGGAAGCUCCUCCAUUCCGAGAAGACACUGCCAACGUUCACCUGUGGGUCUACGAACCCAAUCAGCUGUCGAUGAUUGUCGUGGCCAAGCCUUUGGAACGGGCACUGAUAGAAAGAGAGCUGUUGGGUGACGAGCUACGUAACGCUACACAACUGCUGAUUGUCAUCGAUGAAAUGCGGCAUCACGUGGAAGACGACGGUUCUCUCAACAAGAACAAGACGGACGUCUACGUUCACGGUGUCGAUCGUGGGGGCAAUAAAACCAUCGCACCAGUGUCCGAAGUAUUGCGUGCCAUCGAUUUGCAUUAUGACGUUUUACGUUCGUUUAACGACACUGCCAUCGUCAACGUCGUUUCUGCCACAGCCGCUCCCAGAAAGGCCCUACUAGAGCCGGCCAUUAUGGCCCUGAUAGCUCUCCUGGUCGUCCUUUUUGUUGGAUUCGUGAUGGUCAUUUUCACGUGCUGUUGCAUACGUAAUUGGGAUGUCGUGGCAACCAACAACCAGCACGAAUCAAACAACAAGUCGGGCACCUCCACCGUCAAUAGAGAACGAAUGCUGUCGACGAUGCAUCGGCCCCACCCCGCCUCUGUUUCGCAUUCACCCUCUGAAUUGCUCAACAGCACUGAAAAUCCUUUGUGGAUCGACAAAUACGUCAAACCUUACGAGGAACAAGAGUUGAGUAUGCGAGUGGCACCCGAUUUGGAGAGCCCAAUCCGAAUGGGAGGUGCUAGUAACAAUGCAAGUGGAGCGGAUCAAGCCAAUCCUUACGCCACGAUCCAAAAACCCAGACGAGCUCUACCCUCCAUCCAUCUGGGAGAAGAAAUGGGCGAAUCCAGCGACUAUGCCACUAUCGGUGGUAGUAGUCCCAACAACAAGUACCCUACAUCGAGAGACACUCAAAUCAUUUUAGCGAGUGGAUCGAGCACUCCUCAUCUAAUGAUGAAUCAAAAUGGAGAACCGAUAUUGGUAGCCGAUUUGAUUUAAAGCGACCCCUUUUUAAAAUUAGAAUGCGCCUUUUUAAUUUGUUGACAGUGGCGACUAUAUGACACGACAAAAAUGAUAUUUGAACAUGUUUUUAGUAUUUCUCUUUCGAAUUCAUUUUGUGUGACGAACUUGGUUUCAAAUCGUCGUCGUAAGUACACGCUCAAAAUUUAAGGUAUUUAAUGUUUGAAUAUAAUGGCGUUUGACAAUUUGAAAAAUGUCAAUUUAA